AGCGAGCCUCAAUCUGAGCUCCGCUCUCCCACCGCGCCGUCCCGGCUGGAGUUGUGGGGAUGGUGUGUGACAGUGUUGGUUUCCAUCCGGCACCAUUUUAAUGUGGUGCUGUCGCAGCGGAGCCUCUCAGAUCAUCAUUUGGAGGAUUCCACCCCGAGACUUCUGGAGUCUGCUGUAUCCAACCGUAAUGAGUUCCUCACUGGUUGCUUAUGAUGAUUCAGAGCCUGAGGCAGAAACUGAAAAAGCUGACGACUUCAGUACUAGCAGACAAGGAAGCCUUCCGAGUUCUGCAAAUCCUGUUCAGCACUUUGCACCUGGUAUUUUGAGUACAAAAUCUACAUAUGAAACGCAGCUUACUGAGAACACUGAUAAUUUUGGCAUGAGUGUUGUUUGUGAAGAUCGCCCUGAGCAUUAUGCACUGAAUAAUGACAGUCAUUUGACAUCUUAUAGUAGGAGAGCGUACUCGAGUCCUACUGCAUUAUGUGUGCCCUACAAAAACUAUGAACAGACAUUGAGCUCUUCAAGAAACUCUGGAAAUGGUGCUUCCCAGAAGAGAACACAUACAGACAGUCCAACUGCCCCAAAAGGAAUUAGGCCGUAUAUACCUAAAAGGUUACGUCAAGAAAAUUCCAGUGCCUGUGAAAAAAAGGAGUCUGAUCAAAGCACCAGUUGUGAUAUGAAGCUAGAUGGACCAGGAGAGCAGGCAGUGCGAAAGAUAUCUGAAUUAAUUAAGCCGUAUUUAGGAUCCAGAUAUAAAUUAACCGAAGUUCCAAGAAGCUUAAUAUUUCAUAUGUCUGAACACAAUGGCCCUGUUAAUGCAGUCCAGUGGUGUACUGUACGAGAACAAAGCCAUAUGCUUCUCUCAGCUUCUAUGGAUAAAACAAUAAAGGUAUGGGAUGCUGUAGAUACAGGUGGCUGUUUGAGGACAUUUUCUUGUCAUUCCUGUGCUGUUCGAGCUGCCCAAUGGUCAUCCUGUGGAAGAAGGAUCCUCAGUGGCGGCUUCGAUUCCAUGCUGCACCUAACAGACGUGGAGACAGGGAAGCAAAUCAUCAGCAGUAAAAAUGAAUUUAGAAUCAGCACACUGAAGUUCCACCCUACAGAUUCAAAUGUUUUCAUUUGUGGAGGGUUCAGUCCAGAAGUCAAAGCAUGGGAUACAAGGAUUUGUAAGGUGACAAGAGUGUACAAAGCUGCAGUACAGCAAACAUUGGAUAUACUCUUUCUUCCUGAAGGAAAAGAAUUUCUUACAAGCACAGACGCAGUAAGCCGAGACUCUGCUGACCGUACCAUCAUUGCGUGGGACUUCCAAAGUGCUGCAAAAAUUUCCAAUCAGAUUUUUCAUGAGCGUUACACUUGUCCAAGUCUGGCUCUACACCCAAGAGAGUCGGCGUUUGUUGCUCAGACAAAUGGAAACUACAUGGCAUUGUUUUCCUCCCAGCGGCCUUACCGAAUCAACAAAAAGAAGAGAUAUGAAGGGCAUAAGGUGGAAGGAUUUGCAGUGGGCUGUGAGUUUUCUCCAGAUGGAACGCUUUUGGUGACAGGAAGUUCAGAUGGCAAAGUGUUUUUCUACAACUAUCAUACUUCUAGGAUUGUUCGUACUUUGUCAGCGCACAGAGAAGCUUGUGUGAGUGCAGUAUUUCACCCAGUAUUGCCAUCGCUCCUUGCAACUAGUGACUGGGCUGGAGAAAUCAAGAUCUGGCAAUAACAAGCAAAAUAACAUUUCUCUUCAUCCAUCAAAGGGUUUGAUGUUUCAGAGGGAUUAAACCAUGAUAUGCAAUAUGAUAUGUUGUAGGCAGCGGAGACUAUUAACUUUUCUUCUUGGACCACUAGACAUAUGCUUUCAUAAUGCAGCUAAGAGGAUUCUCUGAUUAGCUGCUGAGCUAAGAAGUGCUUUCUGUCUCUCCUUGGGCCCUGGUGACAAAUUCAAGCCCUUUUUGUGCCAUUAUUCUGUUGCUUAACUAGCCCAACCCUGGUGUGAGAAUUUAACUUGAAGAAAAUUAUUGGCCUUUUUAUGUAGCUUUUAUUUUAGAUUUCUUAAACCAGAUUGUCACUGGCUUAACUCCUUUCCCUGGUCACUUGUGCCAGUCAAGCAAUGGUUUAUUUCCUCGUUGAUAUACAGUUCAAGGCAAAACAGCAUCAUACAUGCAAGAGGAGGAAGAUCACAGGACAGGUGGGACUGACUCUUCUGGAAACAGGCAGAUAUUACCAGCCCAGCUAAUUGUAAAAUGUUCUCAGUUUUAAGGGAAAAACUUGGAGCUAAUUUUGAAGUCAGUAAGUCUGUGCUCCCUAGAUUCCUAUAUUUAAAACUGAGUUUUGAACUCAGUUGUAUGACUGUAUAUAAUCAAAACAAAACUAUGUGUAAGUAUUUUUUUUUUUUAAGGAGAAAAAAAAAUAAAACUUUUUUAAUA